AUGACAAAGAGGUUUGAAGAACCUCGAGAGGUCUCCGUAAAACUUAGUCAUCUGCUGCUCAUGCGCUUGCUGAUGGAACAGAUAUACUAUAUCGAUCGCAGCCCAGGUUCCAAGAGGGCGCGCAAGCUGUUUGGGGACGGAGGCAUGCUGCCGAAGAUGGAUGAAACGAAGACGAAGAUAUCAACCAGCAACGCAGUCGUCACCCGUUCUGAAAAGAAGAGGCAGACCGCGCGAUGCCAUUAUAACACAUCAAAAAUGACUCCAAGGAACGACACCGCCAAUGGGAGCUUACAGUCCGAAAUUGCAAUCUAUCCUCUCUCACAGGGAAAGAGCACGGGCUAG